CAGAAGCAGUUUCACUUGAUCCCGCAGACGUAGCUCGGGAUCAAGAACUAGAAAGAGAGAGUUAUCAAGAAGAAAAAGAUGGGUGAGUGGUUGAGAAAUGCAAGGCCCUAUCUGCUGUUAUUGGCUGUUCAAUUUGGUUCUGCUGGGAUGUUCAUAUUUGCCAUGGAUGCUAUAAAGAAGGGUAUGAGCCAUUACGUCUUCAUUGUCUACCGUAACGCCAUAGCCUCUAUAACUCUCGCUCCCUUCGCCUUUGUUCUUGAAAGGAAAGUUAGGCCCAAGAUGACUUUCAGAGUAUUUUCAGAGAUUAUGGCACUGGCUUUCUUCGAAAUAAUACUGGAUCAGUGUUUCGCUCUGUUGGGCAUGAAAUUCACGUCUGCUUCUUUCUUAUCUGCUGUCAUGAACUCUGCUCCCUCUAUUACUUUUGUCAUGGCAGUCAUUCUAGGAAUGGAGCACAUGAAAAUUAAGGAGGUAGCAUGUCAAGCGAAAGUGAUUGGCACCGUAGUAACAUUUGGAGGAACCUUGCUUAUGGCACUGUACAAAGGCCCCGUCCUCAGUUUCAUGAGAUCUUCGACCAGCCAUGCUAGCCAAACUGAGAACGUGACCAACCCCACUGGCAACCAUUGGGUAAUAGGAACAGUGUUCCUCCUCAUUGGUUGUGCAGGCUUUUCUGCAUUUUACAUAUUACAGGCCAUAACAUUGAGAAAAUACCCAGCAGAGAUGUCGUUGGCCACUUGGGUUUGCUUUGUAGGAGCACUUCAAAGCUCUAUUGUUGCAAUCUUCGCAGAACGCCACCACCCUCAUGCUUGGUCCCUUGGUUGGGACACACGACUCUUUGCCCCUGCUUACGCGGGAAUAGUUACAUCAGGAGUUCAGUAUUAUAUACAAGGCAUGGUGAUAAAAUCCAUGGGUCCAGUUAUUGUGACUGCUUUCAAUCCUCUGCGUAUGAUCAUUGUUACGGGCUUGGCCUGCAUCAUCCUAUCUGAGCAACUCUACCUUGGAAGUAUAAUUGGAGCAAUAGUUGUUGUGCUGGGGCUUUAUCUAGUAGUGUGGGGAAAAGCUAAAGAACGCAGAGGUCUGACGCCACCAUCUCCUACAGAGGGUAACUUUCCCGAAGAUCAACGACAGCUACCGGUCACAGCUCCAAGGAAUGAUAACGAUGACAAUAAGGCUUAAGUAGUGCAUGGCCAUAAUAUAAAAAAGUGACGUGGAAGGCACAAUAUAAUGAGAUGAGAAAGUCAGAAAAAAUUAAGUAGGUCCCGGCUAUGUCUAAUGAGACAUUGGUGUAGCAUUUCCGUACAACUGGUUUAAUGUCAAUGUCAUGCAAUUUACUCAUAUAUACCAUGAAAUUGGUGGGACAGGUGUCAUGACCAUGCAUGAAAUUCAUCAUCAU